UUCAUUUUACGUCUUCACGGGCCGUUUUAAUAAACCCAAUUUGUUUUACAGUGAAGAAAGCCUGUCAGCAGCCUCUGUUUAUACACGCUGAUUUAAUGGCUGCAUAAUCGCUGCAAAUGCCAAACACUGUGUGCAUGCAGCCGUUACACUGCAUGUGUGUGUGUGUGUGUCAUCAACACUUGAGCGUGUGAUCCAAGAAAAGUGCAAAUAAAGCGACUCAGCUCAGAGAAGCUGGUUAGUGAGGCAGAGAGUGACUUCAGAUCAUUUAACACUCACACACACACACACACACACACACACACACACACACACACACACACACACACAGUCACACAUGCGCGCGCGAGCACACACACACACACACACACACAUUUUGUUUAAAAAAAGCAGAGUAGUGUCGGUCAUACAGCGCCCGUUGUCAAACAGACAGGACGCGCGUGCAGCGCUUUCAUUCAGAGCGCACAGCGAGUGUUUUUCUGCCCAGGAAAUUAGCCGGGGGGACACACGGCCUGAAUCCAUCAAAAGUAGCAGACAAACUCCUUCACACUAAAACUUGUGUGUAGGACGUCUUCUGAUGUUGUUGCUGUGGUAACAAACAGGUAUGGUUGAUGUUUGAUUUGUACAAUCAUCUUGUGUAGUGUAAAUCUCUGGUCUGGUGAAGAACUCUCUCUGCUCUCCUGAAAACUUUCAGACUUCAUUUUGACCUCUGACCUCUGACAUCAUCAAAGUGAACAGGAUCUACUACAGUUUGAAUAAAAUGAAACUCUGAUCCGUUUCCAUCAGCAGGUUGUUGUUCCAGACCUGUCUGACCUCUGACCUCUGUGAAGGUUAAUAAACAUCUCUUUCUCCAUGCAGGGCGGAGACAUCAUGAACGUCACAAAGUCGCUCUCUGACUCUACCUGGAGCUCAGGUAACAUCUCUCUGUCCAUCCUGACCAACAGCACCUCCUCCUCACCCGUCUCCCACCCUGAGGUCACCAUCAUGGUGGUGCUGGGUCUGUCUCUGCUGCUGGCGGGGUUGGCGGCCUUCCUUGCGGUGUGCAGACCGUCUGAGCAGGAUGGGGACUCUGAGGCGGGCUGCGGUCUACGAGACGGUCUGAGGCGAGGAAGCGGAGGGUCCACGGAGCCGCAGCUGAAGGUGUGGAAGAGGCUGGGCUCCUACAGGAGAUCGUACAACCUGUCCUUCAGACGACCUCCCCCUCGGCGGACAAAUGAGAGAGAGAGCACGUCUCUCUCUCCAGGACCACAGACAGACGCCGCUGUUGAGCCAAACGUCAGCACGCCAUGUCUGUUUGACUACGUGACUGAAAUCUGAGGCGAGGACAAACGGAGCGAUCCAGAAACGAUUAAAUACUGAUUUAGUGUCAGAGCUGCAGACGUCAUGAAGACACUUCUCUGCAGGUUUCAUCUCAAGUCCAGGAGGACGACCUUUUCAAAAAACCAUGCCAUCAGCUGUUUGCGUGCUAAGCUAACUGAAGCUAACUGAAGCUAACUGAAGAUAACUGAAGCUAACUGAAGCUAACUGAAGAUUACUGAAGAUUACUGAAGCUAGCUGAAGCUCAGCUCAUAUUGAUUACUGAUAUUUUCGAUCCAGCAGGUGUUGCCCUUGAGUUACAGCGUGAGCCAAGAGAGAAACUCUGACUCUGAAUAUGUGUUCUCUGAUUGAAAUAAAAGGAUGCAGAGCUUA